AUGCUGCUCCUGAAGGUAGUACUGAUUGCUCUUCUAACCAUGGCAGAACAGCCUGCAUGUAGUUUACGAGGAGGACCAGAAUCUCCUGAGUUAUCAAAGGAUGGAGACAUUAUAAUCGGAGGGAUCUUUUCAUUUCGAACAGGCUUGGAUGGUGUUUCAUACACAUUCAAAGCUAUGCCAGGACCUUCAAAAUGCAAAAAUUUGAAUUUCAGAGAAUUUCAGUUUGCUCAAACUAUGAUCUUUGCCAUAGAAGAAAUAAAUACAAAUACAGAAAUACUUCCUGGUGUUUCCCUUGGCUAUAAGAUCUAUAAUUCAUGUAGUUUCUCUAACAUAUUAAAGGCAACAAUGGCUUUAAUAAAUGGGCAGGAAGAAACAUUUACCAACAAUGUCUGCACCAAGCGAUCAACUGUGCAAGCUAUAAUAGGACACUCUGCAUCCACACCAACAAUUGGAAUCGCAAGAACAACUGGACCUUUUCAGAUACCAGUGAUUAGUCACUUUGCUACUUGUGCAUGUCUCAGCAACAGGAAUGAGUUUCCUACGUUUUUCAGAACCAUACCAAGUGAUUAUCAUCAAAGCAGAGCCCUGGCACAGCUUGUGAAGCAUUUUGGAUGGACUUGGGUAGGAGCAGUUAGAGGUGACAACGAUUAUGGCAACUCAGGAAUGGCUACAUUUGAAAAAGCAGCCAGACAGGAGGGUAUUUGCAUUGAAUAUUCAGAGGCAUUUUUGGGAACUGGACCACGAGACAAGCUUCUUAAAAUUGUAGACACUAUAAAGAAAUCUACUUCACAGGUUAUUAUUGCUUUCAUGUCUCACAUAGAAAUCAAAAUUUUGGUACACGAACUGCUGCUUCAAAAUGUCACUGGCUUGCAGUGGAUAGGAAGUGAAUCUUGGAUUACUGAGAAAUUACUUAUAAAGGAAGGAGGUUAUAAAAUUCUCAGUGGAGCAAUUGGAUUUGCAGUCAGUAAUGCACACAUAGCAGGAUUGAAGGAUUUUUUACAGAAGGUCCAUCCAUCUGAUACACCUGGGAGCUCUUUUCUGAAGGAGUUUUGGGAAAUGGUUUUUAGUUGUACGCUGACUACGCAAGAUAAGAAUGAAAACACAAAUCAAUGUACAGGGUCUGAAAGUUUAAGUGAAAUAAAUAACCAGUUCACUGAAGUAUCAGACUUGAGAUUUUCCAACAAUGUAUAUAAGUCAGUGUAUGCUGUAGCCUAUUCACUGCACAAUCUCUUUACAUGCAAAACUGGACAAGGUCCUUUUGCUAACAAGACAUGUGCAAACAAGAUGAAGUUUGAACCGUGGCAGGUACUACAUUACUUGAAAACAGUGAAUUUCACAACCCGGAAUGGAGAUACAGUAUUUUUUGAUGAUAAAGGGGAUCCAUCAGCAAAAUAUGAAUUAGUAAACUUACAACCCAAUAAAGACAGAAUCAUUGAUUUUGUCACGGUGGGUUACUAUGAUGAAUCUUUGCCAGUAGGACAACAGUUUGUGAUGAAUAAUGUCAGCAUUGUUUGGGCAGGGAAUAAGGAAAAGGUGCCUAAAUCGGUGUGCAGUGAGAGCUGUCCUCCAGGCACUAGGAAAGCAGUCAAGCAAGGAAAACCUGUUUGUUGCUUUGACUGCAUACCAUGUGCUGAAGGAGAGAUCAGCAAUACAACAGAUUCCAAUGAUUGUUUGAAGUGCCCAUUGGAAAACUGGCCAAAUGCACAAAGAGAUCAGUGCACCUUAAAGGAUAUUGAAUUCUUGUCAUUUGGAGAAAUCAUGGGAAUAGUGCUAGUAAUAUUCUCAUUGGCUGGAGCUUUUGUAACCACUGCUAUAGCUGUUGUUUUCUUUCGAUUCAGAGAUACACCUAUUGUAAGAGCUAAUAACUCUGAGCUCAGUUUCCUUCUUUUGUUUUCAUUAGCACUGUGUUUCCUUUGUGCACUUACUUUCAUUGGCCAGCCCUCUGAGUGGUCCUGUAUGUUGCGCCACACUGCCUUUGGGAUCACAUUUGUCCUGUGCCUCUCUUGUGUUCUGGGGAAAACAAUAGUUGUGUUAAUGGCAUUUAGAGCUACACUUCCUGGUAAUAAUAUGAUGAAAUGGUUUGGGCCCGCCCAGCAGCGGCUAAGUGUUUUUGCAUUCACAUUCAUUCAGGCCUUAAUUUGCACUCUUUGGUUAAUAACAUGCCCUCCUUUUCCAAACCAAAACAUGAGAUCCUACAAAGACAGAAUCAUUUUGGAAUGUGAAGUGGGAUCUGCAGUAGCAUUUUACACUGUAUUAGGGUAUAUUGGAUUUGUUGCUGCCAUGUGCUUUGUGCUCGCUUUUCUGGCUCGUAAGCUGCCAGACAACUUUAAUGAAGCAAAAUUUAUUACAUUUAGCAUGCUCAUAUUCUGUGCUGUUUGGAUCACCUUUAUCCCAGCUUAUAUCAGUUCACCUGGGAAGUAUACAGUAGCAGUAGAAAUAUUUGCAAUUUUAGCUUCUAGUUUUGGCUUGCUUUUCUGUAUUUUUGCUCCAAAAUGUUAUAUUAUAUUACUGAAACCAGAGAGAAAUACCAAAAAGCAUUUGAUGGGUAAAACCUCGAAAUCAAUGUGA